CUCACUCACUCGUCUCUGCUGGCCUCGUCGUCGGCGUCAUCAGCCCCCUCUACAUCUGCCUCGCCCUCGUUGAACGCCUGGUCCAACGACACCGUAAUCCGACGCGCCGACGUGCCAGGCGUCUCUACCAACACCUGCACACACACAAACGGCAAGUGGAGGGUGUAUUCUGUCUGGUAUGAGGUUCGUUGCCUGGGGUGGUUGUCUGGUUGAGCCUCUGGAUGUGCGUCUGUCCAUGGAGAUGCUUCUGUGUGUCUCGCUGACGAGGAAGAAUGUCCUCAUCUUGCCCUUGCCCUUCACUUCGAUCUCGCCACGGUCUUCGCACAGGAACUCAUGCUGAACACACAGAGGACACACACAGAGAGACACGAGUGACAAGCAGCACUAAUCUGUGUGUGAAAGUUUGGUGUGUCUGCGUGCUAGAUACGUGUAUGUAUUGGUAUGUCUGUAGCGAGAUGUGCACUCUGUUGGGCUCCCCGUGAGACUGAUCACACACAAACACACAUGUGCAUGGGUCUUUGUCAUGUCUCUCUCUGGCAGGCGUGUGUCCUUACUUCCAUCCUUGCAGCCGUGUUGACAGCGUCCCCCCACACGUCAUACGAGAACUUCGACGUCCCUAUCACGCCAGCCACACACGUACCUGAACGCACAACACGCGCAGACACACACACAGGAAUGCAGUGGUGCGUGUCUCGAUGUUUCGUGGAUGGAGCACCGGCCGCUGUGGACGCCCACUCUGAUGCGAAUAGGCUCGCCUCUGUCGUCCUUGAACCGUUUCAUGUGUCUGAUCAUCUGCAGGCCCAUCCUGCAGCAGUCUCGCGCGUGGGUGUCGGAGGGGAUCGGCACGCCGCCAGUGGCCAUGUACGCUGCACACAUUCAUCCAUCCAAUGCAUUCCAUCCAGGCAUUCAUGCCGGCCGUUGAUUGAUCCAUCUGGCAUCUGCCGACCAUCGCCAAUUGUCUUAAUCUUCUCGAGGUUGUUCUCGACUGCGCAUCGGUCGAGCAGCACGAAGAUGCUGUUCAGCAGAGCGACCAACCUGCAAACAUCCGUCCGUCCAUCCAAGCACAUGAGCACCUGAUACAUUCAUCCCAGUGACAGUCUCACUUCAUGGGCGGCACGCGAGACGACAUCUCGGUGAAACCCACAAUAUCUGUGCGCGAGCGGCACAGAGACAUUCACGCCAUAUAUGGACAAGUGAAAGUGAUCGCUCACCGGAAAACAGCACCAACACCUCAAAAAACGCCUCAGCCAUAUUCAGCCUGCGUGAGUACCCAUGACAAGGAAGGGCAUCGAGGUGUGUCUCUCUGUGUAUGUCUCUCUGUGUGUGGGUGGUGGUGACUGACCUGGCCCCCAUGUUGACGCUGGCACUGAGCUUUCUCAGCACGUGUUCCGGCAGGAUGUUGGAUAGCAGAAACUCCGACCGUUCCUGCUCCUUGGUUAUCUGCAGUCGGUUGAUCGAUCGAUCACAACACAGACAGACAGACACAACGCCACGCUAUCAAUGGCGGGCCGACUGCAUCGCAUCCAGUGAGUGGCUUGGCUAACCGAUUCGGUGAAGAUGAAGCUCUGCCGUGCGUAGAUUUCCUGCGAGUAUGCCAACACCGCCACAAGAAAGGCUCCACCGAGGGAAGUCUGAUCAGCACAUGAACAAUCACUUGAUGGAUUGACGGAUGGGUGGACAAGUCGACGACUGACCACUUUGUCCAUGGCGCUCUCGUCCAUUGUCUGCACCACGACGGCGUCGAGGAAGAGCAUCCACGCCAUCAGGAAUGUCAUAUUCACGAACCUAAGCCUGCAUGUCCGAGACGGGCACGAACAGACACGGCCGCUCGCUCAUUGAAUCACCGUGCAGCAUAUGUCCGCUGGCUGACCUCACUCACUCACCGGAAGAAAAGUGAUGAUAUGAUGACGAAGCUGUACAUCCGCCUGAAGUCCUGCCCUGGCUGCUUGCUCUGUGCGUGCGUGGCAGGCACACACACACACACACACACAUAUUUAGACACACCGUGAGUAUUUGUGUGUGGGCGUCAGCUGUGAGCACAUGUACCGCAAGAAAGGGCACCCCGGGGAUUUCUGGGCUUACAGCCAUGCGCACUCUGUACCAGACAGACAGACAGACAGACAUGAUGUUCCUCUCUCUGCCUGCCUGCCUGCCUGUCUGCCUGUGUGUGUGUGACAUACUGACACGGAGAGAAAUAUGGUUGCGGCCAUUACCGUCUGCAGGUGACGAAGAAACCAACCUGACACACACACGUAGACACGUGGAGAGACGUGGUCUGGUCGAGCCGCGUUCCACAUGUACGAUUGGCAGUGUAGAAGAGGAGAAGAGCAGCCCCCGUCACGGGGACGCUGAAAGUCUGAUAGGUACAUCACAUCCAUUCAAUCACACACACAUCCUUUUUCCCCACGAAUGAUGGUGCUUUACUUUGUGCAGCCAGCCAGCCACGAGCGUACCAUUAUGGGGAAGCCGAACCUGCCAUGGGCAUAGUCGCUCUCCAUGCCCAUCGACCGCACUUGUGCGUUGGCAGCCGGACACGCCAGUACACCUGAGUCAAUCCCAUCAAGGUGCCCAUCCACCCACCAUGCAGGCGGAGACACGUACACGUGUGUGCUACCAAGUUACCAAAUAUGGUCGACCCCCACAGUGCGAUUUCCACUGUUCGCUUGCUCAGCUUCACAUACGUCUCCCGAAACCGCCUCUGCAACAAGGGAGUGCAACACCUUGAUGUGUCUGUCAUACGAGCUAUUUUGUCCCACCCACCUCUAGGUCAGCGUCGCGGAACUCGAGAGUGGCAAAGUGCAUGGUUUGUCCAGAGCUCCGCCACACCUCUUUCCUGUUGAGUGGGUCGGGGGAAAUUGGGCUGGCGGCGAACAGAGACAGGCGGUGGAAUAUGCUGCAGACAGACAGACAGACAGUCAGAAGAGGCAAGGAGAUUGAAGCUGCGCAUAUCGAUUGGCUGGUCCCCCACCCUCGGAAGCCCCAGCGCAUCAUCGAUUUGCCCUGGGCUGUCUCGCCGACAAGCGAGCGGACAAGGGUCUCAGACCUGCACACAUCCAUCGAUACACUCAGGGAUCAUGAGCCCAUCCAUCGACCACGCUGCUCUCCCAGUACAUAUGUACCCUGUUGCCGUCGGCGACUCGGGCAAAACCCUUCUCCUCACCAGCUCCCUCGCCCGCCCCCACAAGCUGUGGCCUCUCUCAGACGCCCCUCCAACCUCAUCUAACGGCGUCGGUCUCAGCCAUCUCCGGCUGCUGUCUGCCCUGCCCGGGAGCCCUUCUGGCUCUGCAGUGGCAGCUGGCUGAGGCGCCGGCUGGGAUAGCGCGUGGGUUGGGGAGGUGAAGACAGCGGGGGCAUCGGAGGGAGCGGAUUCGGAAGUGGUGACUUGCAGAAUGGGCGUGCUGCGGAUGUUACGUUGGGAGGCAGGGGUGUCCUCCAUCUGAGAAAGCAGGAGUGUUUUCG